GAAAAUAUUGCAUAAUUUUAAAAACUUAUAAACAAACGAAAAACGAAAUAAUUCAUUAAAAUUAAAUGAAAGCCAGUCGGGCGUUAAUUCGCCAAGUGCGGCACGCCUCCACCCCUGCCACCAAUGGAGCUACAACAGCUGCCUUAUCAGCGAUCUCCACUGAACCAGGUGAAACAAAACAGGCUGCACGUGCCACUUUCCUGGAACGGAUUCAACGGGGACCAGGCUUCCAAGACUUUUUUGCAGUCAAACCAGCUUCGAGACUAAAACUAAACGAAGAUGAGCAAGUGGACACCAGUGUUCCGUACCUGAAUUCCAUCGAUUUCAAUGGAAACGGUAGGAAGGUGCACUUUGAAGUCUAUGGCUGUCAGAUGAACACUAAUGACACUGAGGUGGUGUUUAGUAUCCUCCAAGAAAAUGGUUAUUUGCGAUGCCAGGAACCCGAUGAUGCAGAUGUCAUCAUGUUAGUUACAUGUGCAGUGCGCGAUGGAGCGGAGCAGAGGAUUUGGAACCGAUUGAAGCACCUGCGGGCCAUGAAAAACAAGCGCAGCUCUCGCAGGCAUCCGCUGCAGCUGACCCUACUUGGUUGCAUGGCGGAGCGUCUGAAGGAGAAGCUACUGGAGCAGGAACAAUGUGUUGAUGUGAUUGCUGGACCAGACAGUUACAAGGAUUUACCCAGACUUCUGGCGGUCUCCCGGCAUUAUGGCAACUCGGCCAUUAAUGUGCUACUCUCGCUGGACGAAACCUAUGCAGAUGUGAUGCCUGUGAGACUGAAUUCUGAAUCCCCAACAGCUUUUGUGUCCAUUAUGCGGGGAUGUGACAAUAUGUGCACCUAUUGCAUCGUUCCCUUUACCCGUGGCCGAGAGCGUUCACGACCCCUGGAAUCGAUUGUGGCUGAGGUCAAGGCUUUAGAGGAACAGGGCGUUAAGGAGGUUACAUUGUUGGGUCAGAAUGUCAACUCGUACAGAGACAGGAAUGCUCAGGAGACAGAGGAUUCUUUAAAGGCCACACCAGUUCCCGGUUUCAGCACUGUUUACAAGACAAGAACUGGCGGCACUACCUUUGCAGAUUUACUUCGAGCCGUGGCUCAAGCUGUUCCCGAGAUGCGGAUUCGUUUUACCUCCCCACAUCCGAAGGACUUCUCCGACGAAGUUCUAAGGGUCAUAAGAGAUCAUCCAAAUGUGUGCAAGCAACUGCAUUUACCAGCACAAUCAGGCAACACCCAAGUGUUGGAAAGAAUGCGGCGUGGUUACAGCAGAGAAGCUUAUUUGAAACUUGUGCAGCACAUCAGGCAAUUCCUACCCAACGUGGGCCUAUCCAGCGAUUUCAUCUGCGGCUUUUGCGGCGAAACGGAGGAGGAAUUUCAGGACACAGUGUCUCUCAUCCAACAAGUACAGUACAAUGUGGCGUAUUUAUUUGCCUACAGCAUGCGGGAAAAGACCACAGCGCAUCGUCGGUACAAGGAUGAUGUUCCAUUAAAUGUUAAAAAUGAGAGACUUCAACGUAUGGUGCAUGUUUUCCGUGAGGGAGCAACCCAGUUACACCGUAAAAUGGAGGGACAGGAACAACUCAUUCUUAUCGAAGGGAAAAGCAAGAGGUCAGAUGCCCAUUGGUUUGGUCGCAAUGAUGCUAAUAUCAAGGUUAUUGUUCCUGCGAUGGAUUUACCCACUACACGGGAUUCUAGAAUUAACAGAUCAUUUGGAGUAGGUGAUUUUGUUGCGGUCCGAAUUGAGGAAUCCAACUCCCAGGUGCUUAAAGGCACACCCCUUGAAUUAAGUAGUAUAACGAGCUUUCACAGCAGAUAGUUUAUACAAUAAAAUGAACUUUAAUCGUA